AUGUCAUCGCUGUUCACCGGCACCACAAAAGAAGACACGGUUGACGGCGCCAGCGAACACGGUCAAGGCACCUUAGGUUAUGCAAACGGAACUGGCGUCGCGGCGGGCUUCUAUGGACUUGACUUCAGUGUCGAGAAAGUCCCGUCUCCGAAGGCAACGGUCAUCGUGUGGAUGGUGUGCGCUGUAGUUGGGGAUCUCAUCAUAACUGCUUCCAUAUUUUGGUACCUGCGUGGCCACAAGUCGGGCUGGACGAAAACGGAUAAAAUUGUGGAUGAGAUUAUUCGGAAUACCAUACAGAACGGGCUUCUAACCUCUGCGGUAGCUACUGUCGAGCUACUGCUCUACUUGGUGGAGACCGCGCCAAAUUACAUAGUAUCAUGUCUUCGCUCAACGCGCGAGAGACACAUAGCUAUGGCGCAUCAUCUGCUGAGCAGAGUGCCUUCAGCUCGCGUGUGCUGCGUGACCGACAGGCUCCAGAACUACUGGUCCACGUCGAGUCGCAUAAGAUGGCCGAUGACACGAGGGCGACGACAGACUGGGACAACAAGACGCAGGUGGUUUAGCCGUGUGCAACGCACGGUCUGGUACAGCCCAUACCACCCCUUUGGGCAGUUUGCUUCUCCAAUCGCGAGCUGUGGUGGCACUUUCUUGUCGCCUAGCAAGAGCUGA